AGUGCUGAAGAGAAGCAGGAGGAGGAGGAGGAGGAGAGCACAAAGAGAAGGAAAGUGGAGCACGGGAGGGGAACCGGAGGCUGGGUGACGGCGGGAGAGGGAAAGACAAAAGAAGGAGAGAGGGUGCAGACGAGGCGGUCUCGAGCGGAGGGGACUGGAGCAAAUGGCAACGGAGGAGACGGCGGGGGGAGCCAGGAAAGCCACCAAGAGCAAACUGUUUGAGUUCCUGGUCCAUGGAGUGCGUCCUGGCAUGCCGUCUGGGGCAAGGAUGCCCCACCAGGGUGCUCCCAUGGGCCCCCCCGGUCCGCCGUACGGAGGGAACCCGGCGGUGCGGCCCGGUCUGCCCUCCCCGGUAAUAGAGGCCAGUCGCAAGAGGCCCGCCCCCUCCCAGCAGGUGCAGCAGCAGCAGCAACAACAGCAGCAGCAACAGCAGCAACAGGCCGUCCAGAACCGGGCCAGAAAGAAGCCGCUUGGAUUCCCUGGAGCCAGUGAGAUGCCGACAAGGCCCAUGGACUUACGAGAUCCCCAAUCAGAUCCCACGCUCGGAUCAAAUGCUAAGAGGAGGAAAAUGGCAGACAAGAUUCUUCCGCAAAGGAUCCGCGAGCUGGUUCCCGAGUCCCAGGCCUAUAUGGACCUGCUAGCCUUUGAGCGCAAACUGGACCAGACCAUCAUGCGUAAACGUGUGGACAUCCAGGAGGCGCUGAAGAGACCCAUGAAGCAGAAGCGCAAACUGAGGCUGUAUAUUUCCAACACCUUCAACCCGGCGCGGCCAGACGCAGACGACUCUGAUGGGAGCAUCGCCUCGUGGGAGCUGAGAGUGGAGGGCAAGUUGCUCGAUGAUCCAGGAAAACUGAAGAAGAAGUUCUCCUCGUUUUUUAAGAGCCUGGUGAUCGAGUUGGACAAAGACCUGUACGGUCCUGACAACCACCUGGUGGAGUGGCACCGCACAGCCACCACCCAGGAAACAGACGGCUUCCAGGUGAAGAGGCCAGGAGACGUGAGCGUGCGUUGUACGCUGCUGCUGAUGCUGGACUACCAGCCCCCUCAGUUCAAGCUGGACCCUCGACUGGCACGCCUGCUGGGCAUCCACACUCAGACGCGCUCAUGCAUCAUCCAGGCACUGUGGCAGUAUGUGAAAACCAACAAGCUGCAAGACUCCCAUGACAAAGAGUACAUCAACUGUGACAAGUACUUCCAGCAGAUCUUUGAUUGUCCUCGACUCAAGUUCUCAGAGAUCCCCCAGCGCCUCACCAACCUACUGCUGCCCCCUGACCCUAUCGUCAUCAACCAUGUCAUCAGUGUGGACCCUAACGACCAGAAGAAGACGGCCUGCUACGACAUCGACGUGGAGGUGGAAGACCCCCUGAAGAGCCAAAUGAGCAGCUUCCUCCUGUCCACCGCCAACCAACAGGAAAUCGCCACACUGGACAACAAGAUCCAUGAGACCAUCGAGUCCAUCAACCAGUUGAAGAUCCAGAGGGACUUCAUGCUCAGCUUCUCCCGAGACCCCAAAGGCUACAUUCAGGACUGGCUCAAGUCCCAGAGCAGAGACCUCAAGCUAAUGACGGACGUGGUGGGGAACCCCGAGGAGGAGCGCAGGGCGGCCUUCUACCAUGAGCCCUGGUCCCAGGAGGCGGUCAGCCGCUACUUCUACUGUAAGAUCCAGCAGAGGAGACAGGAGCUAGAGCAGGCCUUGGCGGUCCGCAAUACCUAAACAAUGUGUGUGUGCGUGUUUGGGUAUAUUUGCUGAGGCCAAACAAUUCCAAAUUGGAAGGUCACAACAUUAGGUACAUUGUCACACUGAAAGCUUUCUAAUAUUUUGCCACCCUGAGUUAUGUAGCUAAAUAAGGUAGUAAAUGUUAGAAACAGCUCUCCAUAUGAUGCAAAACAUUUCUGAAACCCCCUAAUUAACAUUUUUACAUUAAUUUUGUCUGUGUAAAAGAGAACGUUCUCGAUUGUAUGUCAAGGUCGUUGCAGUUCCACUUUGGCCCUGUAGGCGUCGGUAGUGCUCGUUUCAAAAUGUUACCGAAUGUCAAACUAGUCAAGAAGAAGAAAACAUUUCCGGCCUCGGUGACCCGAACUAGGAAUGCUAAAAAGGAUCGCUUACUACAAAAAGUAAGCUUGUCUUUAAUUUAUUAUGUUCAUGGGACAUGGUAUGUGCCUAAAAUGAAGAAUAAUGGGACACAGGCACAUAUUUACACGUGAAAACAUCGUUGGCCAGUAUGAUUUUGGCCGGCCUGGUCAGCCAUUUUGCGCAGGCGCAGUGAGGAGAGGGUAUUAAAAAAGGGAGUACAAAAAACAAAGGGGGCUUCCGAGCAGAACUUGACUCAGUGCAGGUAAUUACGUAAAGCCUACCUGCACUGCUUUGUGUAUUUAGGCUCAGAGGGUACGUGCGUUUUGUCGUGUUUUAAAGUAACCACACCAGCAAUGGCUCCUGCAGCUAUCCACUGUUCCUAAUUUAAAUGCAUCAAUCAAGGUUGAUUUAUAUAGCCCUAAAUCACAAGUGUCUCAAAGGGCUGCAAAAGCCACAGCAACAUCCUCGGCUCAGAUCCACAUUCUGUUCCUAAAUCAGAAGACUUCCAAAGUUCCCACAUCAGUGUUAUGCAAAUCAAUUGAAGUGUUGAGUGACGAAAAGAAUGCUCUUCAAGCAAUCAUAGCAUUAAAAAAAAAGGAUUGGCUGGUGUUAUGUCAUAAAGAUUACCAAAGGUUCAUCACUGAAGCAGAAAUAGACAUCCCACUCGGGCCACCAAAUUGUGUCUCACUUUUUUUGGGAGCUCCUUGUGCUGACAAACUUCUGCUUUCUUUUACACUAAGUGUUACAUUUUCAACGUGCGAGCUAUGUGAAUGUAAAUAUGUUUAUGUACUUCAGUCUUGUUUAAGGCUUCUUUUUGAGCCAGAUGCUGCAACAGAGUGAGACCUCCCUUCUCUUCCUGUGAAAUCUUAGUAGCUCUAACAUCUAAUCUGCACCAUUUUCCACCUUCUUUGUAAUGGCUAGUAUGUACAGUAAAUGUUGUCAUGUCCCACAGAGGACGUUGUAUCCUCAGUAGGAACACGCUGGUGGUUCCUUUGCACUGUGCUGUAAAUUCUCUGCCGUUUUUCAUCGCAGGCGAGCGACACCCUCACACUCACUUCACGAUGGCCUAUGCAUGCUCUGUGGACUUCUGAACGCUAUAAUGUAAAUAUAUUAGUACGGGUGGCACAGCGGCCUUCUGGAACUUUUUGUUGCCAAAAAAUAACUUGCUACCAGCAAAUUAGUGUUUUUUAUUAUUGCAUUAGCAAUAGUUUUUUAUUUCUUUUAUUUUGUAGAUGUCAUACAGCUGUGACUCAUUAGCUCCUUAUGGUGUUCACUCACAUAGCAUGUUUUUAAAGGGAGAGUGCUGCUCCUCAGUUUGUUUAAUGCUGAAAAAAGAUACAAAAGUGCCAGGAGCAAAAAAAAAAAAAAAAAUGUGGGGUAACUUUGUGAGACGGACUGGAUGUAAAUAAAUAAACAAGCGCUUGCCAAAGUUUGUAAAUGCCACAACGUGCUGAGUGUCUUUGUGUCGUUCAAGUAUGGCAGUGUCAUUAUUGAAGUAGGAGUGUCAUUAUUUCAGUAUGAGUGUUAGGGGUGCACAACAAAAUCGAUUCACAAUUCUUAUUCAUCCCGAUUCUAAAUGUUCAAAAAUAGAUUAAAAAAUAUAUUUCUUCUUUAUUUUUCUCCACACAACCAGAAGGAGCUUUUCUAACCUUCAAAAAGUUCCAUUAUAAUUAUUAUACAUUGCGAGAAUCUGUUUGAAUCGAGAAUCGUGUUGAAAUGAAAAUCGAUUCUGAAUCCAACUGUCACACCAGGAACCAGAAUCAGAUCAAAUCCUUAGGUGCCCAAAGAUUCACACCCCUAAGGAGUGUUACAGGUGCAAAAAAAAAAAAAAAAAAUCAACUAUGAAUCGUGAUUCUUAUUCAUCCCAAUUCUAAAUAAUUUCAUAAUUUUCAAAAAUUGGAAAAAACACUUUUUCAAAUAAGAAUCAAUUAAAAAAAAUGUUUUUAGGCCAUCUCCAUGCAACUACAAGGAGCUUUUAUGAACUUGAAGUUUCAUUAUAGUUACUACAGCAAAUAUUACAUCGCAAGAAUCGGUUGGAAUCGAUAAUGGAUUCUGAAUCGAAUCGUUAGGUGCCCAAAGAGUCACACCCCUACUGAGUCAUUAUUGAAGUAUGGCAGGCAUUAUGUAAGCUGCUGUCACACACAAGCUGUGUAUGGAAUGUGUGUGUGUGUCAUGUGUUCCACUCAGCCAGGAAAAAGACGCCUUUCACAGUGGGCUCCUCCCUUGGGUGAUGCAGGUGGGGAGCUAAGCGCUGAGUGAAGUGACCCAUUCAGCUUUGUUCCGCAGAUAUAAGCCACAGUGCACGUCUGGCGAGUUGGCGGCCCGGGCACUGGUGGAGAGUCCGCUUUUUUGGAAACUCCCGGAUUUCAUAUUUUAUAUUUCAGAAAAACACAUUUCCCCCCCAAAAAAGGCAGCAAAUGGUUUCAACUAAUUUCCAGCAGGAUGUAUAAAAGGAAGGAGUGCAGUUCAGCUCGCCUUGUUAGUUUGGAAUGAUACAUCCAUUGUUGGCAUCUUUAGAGUAAAAGUUGUGUGUAGUGUAAAUAUUGUCUGGUUGGUUGUUCAAGUAAAAAAGCUUAGGAAUGAUUUGGACCUUGGUAGCUAAGUGCUGUUGGCCUGCUCCUGCUCGAAUAACGCCAUGGCGAGGUGGGAGCGUGAGCCCAGCCCCUCCAGGUUGCUGAGGACGCAGCGAUGGUAAAUGUCCUCGCUGAAGC